UACGGCGGCCGGCGGGGGGGCGGCUACGGCGGCCGGGGGGGCGGGUGGCGGCGCAAGGGUGUGCUGCUGCCCGGGCCGAGCUGGCGCCCGCUCGGUACCGGGCUGAGGCUGCAGGAGCUCGUUGCUAAUAGCAGCGAGUACCAGGAAUUGCUCCCCCCAGCCGCGAAGAAACAGGGCUGGGCACCGGCAGUCCUCGCGGCGCGGUGUCACGGGCACCGGGCAGGCCGCGCUCGCCAGGACGGCGGCGCUCGGGAGGACGCGGCUCGCCGCCCCGCCGGGCGGGAAUGCCCUUUGUUCGGCUCGGGCCUACCUGGAGGCGGGGGCGUCGCUAAAGCGGUGCCGUUCAUCCCGGUAAGCCGCGGGGGAGCCCGGUGAGGCUCGUCCGUCCCUGUGGCUUGCUCGUGUUAUGUUUCUGCCCCUCAACAAAUACGUGAGAGCGCCUGGAAGCUGGUCCAGCAGACGAAGUGAGCUGAGAUUUCCCAGCCCAGAGCUUUCUCUCUGCAAUUUUUCUCUAGGGGAGGUCAGAUGUUUUCAUCAGUCCUGAAGAAGAGCAGAGUCAGGACCUGCUAAGUGUGUUGAUCUGCUUGUGCUCUGGACCAUGGACUCACUGAGAGUUUCCCUAGUGUGAAAAUGUCCAGCAGUAACCGGGACUUAGUGAUUGACUUUGUUUCCUACAAGCUCUCACAGAAGGGAUACAGCUGGAGUCAGCUCGAGGAAGAGGAUGAGAACAGGACUGAUUUUGCGGUAGGGGCUGGAAUGGAUGGUGUCCUUAAUGGGAGCCCGUCUUGGCAUCCCCCUGCUAGCCACAUAGUGAAUGGAGCUGCUGUGCACAGGAGCAGCCUCGAAGUGCGUGAAAUUGUUCAAGCGGCUGAUGUGAGGCAGGCACUGAGAGAGGCUGGAGAUGAAUUUGAAUUGAGGUACCGGAGAGCUUUCAGUGACCUCACUUCCCAGCUCCACAUCACCCCUGGCACGGCGUAUCAGAGCUUUGAGCAGGUGGUGAAUGAACUCUUCCGGGAUGGAGUGAACUGGGGUCGCAUCGUGGCUUUCUUCUCCUUCGGAGGGGCAUUGUGUGUGGAGAGUGUUGACAAGGAGAUGCGGGUAUUGGUUGGACGCAUUGUAUCUUGGAUGACCACGUACUUGACCGACCAUCUAGAUCCCUGGAUCCAAGAGAAUGGCGGAUGGGAGCGGUUUGUGGACCUCUACGGGAAUGAUGCUGCUGCAGAGAUAAGGAAGGGCCAGGAGACCUUCAACAAAUGGCUCCUGACUGGGGCGACUGUGGCAGGAGUGCUCCUUCUGGGAUCUCUGCUGAGCCGCAAGUGACCCGACACCAAGUCCUCCCGUCGCCGGGACAGCUGCGCCUUCACCGCAACAUCCACUACACUCCGCUCCCCAGCACCGUCACCAUCGCAGGGGGGAGACCCCCGCCACCUCCUGGGGCAGCUGCCCUGCUCCAUGGAGCUCUCUUCCCAGUGCCACCAGCUCCUUUUCUUGUAGCUCCUCUUAUUUUCCGUUCUGUUGUGUUAUAAAGGCGCUGAGACCAAUGCAGCACUUCAGCCAACAGCUCCUAGCACUGGGGAGAUCCAGGCAGCUGGGGGGAGUACUGGCUAGAAGGUGUCCCAGCCCUGCAGGUCCUCUAGGUCACUUUGAGGAGAAUAAACAGACUUAUUUUUGCAUGUGUGAGUGCGUGCGUGUGUGUAGAUGUCUUACUAAUAUAAGGUUCCCUACCCAGAGCAAGGGCCCGGACUCUGUGACCCCUCCUGUGCGCGUGCUGUGUCUCCGGCUCGCCGGCUCAGCACCUGCACGGCGGCUCCCAGCCCUGCCCCUGGGUGCUGCUCUGCGGCAGCAGCCGGAGCGGGGUGCAGGAAGAGGCCAGCUGCUGAGGAGGACGGCGCUGAGCUCUGCCAGCCCUGCAGCACUCCUUUCCCGUGGCGUCCUCCGGGCAAAGCUGCUCCCAGCGCUGCCAUGCAGCUUGCUGGGAAGUCACAUGCCCACCGGGAGCUGCGAGGAAGGGUAAGUGCUGUAGAAGCUGAUGGCAAGAAGCUCUGAACUGGCCUGUCUGUCCCAAAACGCCUUUCUAGGUGAUGUUCUCGUGCCUGUUCUCCUCUGGCGUCAGCUCCUGGGAGCUGAGGCCCAGUCUCAGGUGUGUAGCCAGGAACGUGUGUCAGGCCCAGGGCUGUGCCCAGUGGGAAGGGAUCUUCCUCUGAAUGUAGAUUGCCGUGGGGCAGUGCCUGGCCUCCCGUGUUCCCUCCUGUCCUGCCCUCCCACGCCUGCUCCUCGGGGCCCUGCUCUUUGCUCUUGAAUUGGGGCUGGGACUGCAGGCAGGCGGGCGGGGAGGGCGCUUUCCCCAGCCGCAGUCCUGAGCCGGGGCGAGGAGGGCAGCACAGGCUCUGGGGCAGGAAAGGGAGGACAUGCUGGUGGCACGAGGCGCUCCCCGGAGAGCUGGGCUGGCGGUGUCCUGAGCAGCUUCCAGCAAAGGCGGGAAUAAAUAGCGUGGGCACGGAAAGGGCUGCGCCUGCCCCCGCGGCCCGGGCCUCUCCCUGCGGCUCCUCCUCGGGCCCGGGCAGCGCGGCAGGGCAACGCCUCGGGGCCGGGAGCAGCGCCGCCGCGGCCGGGCUCCGCAGGAGCGCGACUCCAAGGGAGGCGCUGAGCGAGGGCGGGUGCGGGGGCGAAAGCUCCCUCCUGCUGCCGCGGGCCCAGCGAGAAGGGCCGGGAGCCUCUCGAGGGGGGCAGCGCUCGGGGCCGGCAAAGCUGAUUGCUGCUGACCUCUUGCUAGCUACGAGCCGGCCGUGCCGUCCCGACUCCCCCGGCCCCAUAGCGCGGGCGGAAGGGAGCCCUGUCCCCGUGGCGUGGCUGUGACGGGUGCGUGCUGUGCAGGGUGCCUGGCUUCUCCCCGCUCUGCUCCUGGCUGCUGCCGGGGCCUGGGAGCCGCAGAGGCGCUGCAAAUCGUAACGCUGAAGUUGGCUUCUGCAGCAGCCUCUUGUUCGUAGGAGACCACCAGGAGACCCAGGCUGUCCUCGCGGGCUUGUCUCCGUGUACAUACCGCCCGCGCUCUGCUGUAAAUAUCUGAGUAGUUUUUAUUCAUUUGUGAAUAUUCUAAUGCUAUUUUUGUUAUCUGUAUGUCUGUAUUUAUGUGUGGUGCCGUGCUCUCCGCGGAGGCCGAGGUGGGCGGGUGCCGGGGCCUCGCUCCCCUGCUAACGGCGCGCCGGGAGAGCAGGGGCAGAGGCAGCCCAGGCGCCGGGGCCCUUCCCGUGCCCUCCCGGGCCGCAGAGCCGCCGGCCGCUCCACCGCGCCGAGCAAGGCCCCUACUCUCCGCUCUCCCCGUGUAGGAACCGCUCCCUGCGCGCCCUAGGGCAACCGUCGACUGCUUAGGUUUGCAGGUGGAGGUGAAUCCACUAAUAAACUCUGUCGUUGGA